CUCUCUUUCUCAUCCGGGUGUCCGGGCGUCAGUGAAGUUGGCGUCUUCGAAGUUUGUGUGGCAUGGCCUUCGCAAAGAGGUCAAAGAGUGGGCGGCCACAUAUGUGGCGUGUCAGCGCGCAAAAGUUCACCAGCACACUAGGGCGCCCCUCGAGCCAUUUUUGAUUCCGGCCAAGCGUUUUGAUCAUGUGCAUAUCGACAUUGUGGGGCCUCUUUCCCCUUCCCAGGGUUUUACACAUCUCCUUACCAUGGUAGAUCGGACCACUAGGUGGCCAGAGGCGGUUCCUCUGUCUUCCACGACAUCUGCGGACGUGGCACGCGCUUUUCUUUCAGCUUGGGUCUCGCGUUUUGGUGCACCGUCUGAUAUCACCUCUGACAGAGGCCCGCAGUUCAUUUCGGAUCUCUGGUCGGCGCUAGCAAAGUCUUUGGGCACACAGGUUCACCGUACCACUGCCUACCACCCCCAGGCUAACGGUUUGUGUGAAUUGUUUCACCGGUCGCUUAAGGCGUCAUUGCGGGCUGCGCUCUCAGAUGCAAACUGGCUGGAUCGGUUGCCGUGGGUGAUGCUCGGGUUGCGCUCGGCUCCUAAGGCUGACCUGGAUGCCUCGCCUGCAGAGUUGGUGCUCGGUCAGCCGCUCCGCGUCCCAGGGGAGUUUCUGCCUCAGAGCUCGGCCCCCUUUCCGAUUCCUGUUGCGCGUCCUGCGUCACGGGCCGCUUGUGCACCGGUGCCCGUGCAUCAUUUUUCUCCUCGGUUUUUCGUGCCAACGGAUCUCGCGACCACUCGGUUUGUUUUCGUCCCCCCGUAUGAUGGCCCGUUUAGAGUGUUAGAGGCGGGUUCUAAAAGUUUCAUUCUGGACAUGGGCGGGCGCAGGGAGCGCGUUUCGUUAGACAGGCUUAGGCCAGCUCAUCUGUUGGCCGGCGAAGAGGUGCUACCGGCCCGGGUUCCCCGUCGUGGUCGCCCCCCUUCUAAGACCCCUGUGUUGUUUUCUCCAGUUGUGCCUCCUGAUCCUGUGCCUGUUGUAAAUGAUGUCCCUUCUGCCUGUUCCACCCCUGCGUUUGCGGACGGGGAUCGGCGUAGCCGUUAUGGUCGCCUCGUUAAACCCCCUGGCAGGUACUGA